CGGGAAAAGCAUCCUUUUGGUCCAUUUUGGAUGUUCCCUAGGAUCUCCAGAGAAAUCUAGGAAAAUGACCAAACUUCAGUUUCUGAACGUCUUUUUGACUGAGCGUCUUAUGCUGGCCGCACAGGAGAUUUACAAGUCUGUCGAGGACACGAUUUUGGAGUACCAAGAGGAGAUCGCGAUCAGGGAGCGGGAGAACGACCAUCUGAGACGGAGGCUCCGAGACGCUGGGAUAGAGAUAUGGCCAGAUCGCUCGUCCAUGGCGCUGUUGGAGGAAGAGGACGGUGAGCAUCCCCGCCGAGAGUGGAGUCCAAGUAUGGGACAUCAAGAGCGUAUUCCCAUUCAGAUCAAAGACAAACGAGACAUGCGGCCCAACCAGGGAGAAGAUCAGCUUCGAGGACAUGGCUCCUGCAGCACAGCGGAAAACAUGUUCACCCCCCCACGUGUAGCGAACGAGUACCCUCAAGAGGGUCCCCACACAGCCAGCCUUCCUCAGACUCAGGGUGUGGAGAACAGGGAGAGAGAUCCUGCAUCUCGCAACGCAUCGAGGCACGUGAAGGGCGAGAGCGGUGGCUGUCACAGAGGUGCCGCAUCAUCCAGCAGCGGUGCCCAGCCUCUUGCACCAGUCAACCCAAACUGCUCAAAUGAGAACAAUAUCGACAUUAUUGGUGUUGAGAACGGUGGACAGAUGGGCAGCGCCAAAGGAGCGGUGACCGGCCCUAACCGAGGACAAACCCCUCUCAUGAGGAACCAAGGGGCCAAUGCCAUGGAGUGCCCCCAUCAAAAAUCUCCCUUGCAGGGCCACAUGUCGUCGUUCUGUUGCAAAGUCUGCGGCGAGGCAUUCAGUCACAUCGGACACCUUCACGUCCACGUGCAAGUGCACACUCGAGAAAAACCUUACCGCUGCGGAGUGUGCGGAAAGUGCUGCAGCUCCUCCGGCAGACUUCAGGAGCACCAGCGGAGCCACACGGGAGAAAAACCCUUUCGCUGCCAGAUUUGUGGGAAGGGCUUCACUCAGAUGGCUCAUCUGAAGGUCCACAUGAGGAUCCACACCGGAGAGAAGCCGUACAGCUGCCCCGUGUGCGGCAAGUGCUUUAGCCGCUCUGACAAAAUCAAAAGGCACCUUCAGACGCACAGUCGCGAGGGGACCUACUUCUCGGGGCAGUAAUGGAAGGGGUUCAGUUUGGGAGUCGUCGUUGUUGUGGGAAAGUUUUCAGCAUAAAGCUACAAUUGCUGCCACUGACGAGGCAUUUCUUCCUACUUCUAAGGACGUAGAAGUUCUGCUUCUGUAAAGAACACUUUUUAACCGAACCUGUAAUUUCUCACUUCCUUUAUAUAGUUUGUAUUAGCCAGUUUAUGUUCUUUACAGUGUUUUGUAUUUAUCAUUACGUAUUAUUAAAGUAGACACAAUUUGAAUUAUUAGCUGGACUUUUCACGAUUAUGUAGUGUUUUUCCAGCCUUAUGAUUUGGCAUGGAGUCUUCCACACAAGCCUGGGAACAUGGAUGUAUCAAGGACGAUCAGCACAUUCAGUUUAUCACCAGGUGGUCACUAUGUCCAUGUGGCUGCAGCUGCAGACUACACAUUUUCUUUGUGGUCAUUCUUUUUGUUGGUUUUAGAAUUAAGAUUAAGCACAAUUCUCAGUAAUUAAAAAAAAAAAGUGUGUAUCAUGAAGCAAUAUCAAUAACUUAGGAAGUUAUGUUGAACGUAACGCCACAGUAUUCAGUGUCAUUUUCUCAGUUGGACUUGGUUCCGAUUUGAACAUUUCACUAGCGUGUUCUUGGGAACUUGGUUAAAGUGGAUGGGAGUGCUGAAAGAUUUCACACCUCUCUCUGAUUUGGUUCAUUUUCACACAGAAAGCAGACCAAACAACGUCAUGCAGCAGCUAGUGAGGCGCCAACACAAGAAGCUGCAUGUGUGCAUGGCAAACCACUUUACAUUCAAUAAAAAAAACCUAAUAUCUCUUUAGUGCUGUUGCAUUCUUACAGAGCAAGUCACUGCCAUCUCACGGGAUUAGUGUCAAAUCUGACGUGAGACUUCACCAAUAAAAUAAUGUGAUAUUGUGCAGAAUGCCCGUUAUUUUAGGAGUGUAGGUUUGCUUUUUCUUUCAUUCAUAAUAUGUGCUGCGGUAUCUUAGGUUGCAUAUGCACAAAUGAAGUUGAACCAUACAGUAUUAACACAAUCACUUAUUUAGUAGUGCUAAGUGGGUAAAGCUUAUGCGCACCAGUGUUUCCACAAUGUGUGAAGUUUUUGGUUUUUAUAUUUUCAUUUCCAGGUGAAAGCUGGAUUGUCAUAAAAUAAAAGUACUUUCUACUUACAUUUCUGCGCCAUCGUUUUCUGUCACAGAAUUAAGGCUGCAUUUAUAUCAGGAGGUUGCAUUAUUGUGUGACGUAUUGUUAUAAAAACAAUUACAUUUGUUUUUGUUUGAUGCUGGAACAAGCACAAACUGAUUUGUACUGCAGAAUUUAGCUGAAAGAUGAACCGACCCAGACUUGAACAUGAACGAAGGUUGUUACCAGCAGAGCACACCAGAGGCUUGUUGGUUGCUUGUGUCACAAAUUGAUAAAUAGUUGCUAGUUUUUCACAACUGGCCAGUAGCUCAUCACAUGCUGUCUUCCUAGGGGGAUCUUAGCUCCCCAGCACAUACUCUGUACAGUGUUUUACCACUUAAAUGUUAUUUUCAAAUAAAGUAAUACCUGAUCAUCUGC